AUGCUUGAUGUUAUCAACCUAAAAGAUACGAAGGAGAACCCGUUGUUUGCUGCAACUAGAAAUGGAAUAGAAGAAAUUGUGAGUGUGAUACUAGAAGAACAACCUCAUGCUAUUGAGCACCUGAAUGACAUGGGGUGGAGCAUUUUGGAUGUGGCCGUCAUGCAUCGCAAGAAAGAGAUCUUCAGUUUUGUAAAGCGAAAUAAAAUAUCAUUGGCUAGACUGCGUCGACUUAUUGACAGGGACGACAACACAAUGUUGCACCAUGUUGCAGAUAUGGAGCACUACAGUCGAGGAACCAAGCCUGGGCCUGCACUUGAACUUCAGGAAGAGUUGAAAUGGUUCGAGCGAGUGCGCAAGGUAAUUCCAUCCCAUUAUGUCGGGCUUCGGAACAAGAAAGGCAAGACUGCAAAAGAGCUCUUCGACGACAACCAUCAGGAGCAACUGAAGAAGGCACAAAAAUGGAUUAAGGAAACCACUCAGUCUUGUUCUUCUGUAGCUCUACUUGUUGCUACUGUUGUCUUUGCUGCUGCCUAUACUGUACCUGGAGGUUCUGAUGAGAAAGGCACCCCCAACUUCAUCAACUCUCCCUAUUUUCUGGUUUUCACCGUAUCGGAUGUUGUCUCCUUGGCAAGCUCCUUGACUUCGCUUGUGGUGUUUCUCUCUUUGUUGACCUCUCCAUUUGAGCUGCAAGAUUUCCAUGUCUCUCUUCCUGGAAAACAUAUCACUGGCUUCACCUUCCUCUUCUUCUCGGUUAUAACCACCAUGCUAUCUUUUUGGGGCAACAAUUUUGAUACUCAUUCAAUCAGAGAAAAAGUUAACUACAUUACUCCUUUCCAUUGCUGCAUUCCUUCCUGUCUUGGUAUUUGCAAUAAUGCAGCUCCGUCUCUACGUCUCCUUUAUGGGCUCUAA